UACAGUCCUCUGGAUACACCAUGCUGCUUCCCCUGCUGCUCCUCACUGCCGGGCUCCUGCUCCCCCAGCCUGCAGCCUCUCAAAAGUUAACUAUUGACCCAUAUUAUGAAGUUGUAUUCCCAAAGAAGAUUCAUGCCCAGCACAAGAGAGAUGUUCAGGGCAUGUAUCCUGAAGUGGUGCAAUAUGGCAUACACAUGGGAGGGAAGCAUCUGAUCUUACACCUAGAGAAGAAUGAAGACCUGCUGUCUGCAAACUACACUGAGACUUACUACCUGUCAGAUGGGACACCAGUAACAACCAGCCCUAAAAUUCAGAAUCACUGCUACUAUCAAGGGAAUGUGAAGAAUGAUAAUGGGUCCCUGGCGAGCAUUAGUACAUGCAGUGGGCUAAGAGGCCUCAUCCAGACUGAAGGCCAAAUGUAUCUAAUUGAGCCUCUGAAAGACACAGACAGCGAGUCCCAUGCUGUGUAUGAGGCCCAGAUGGAGACACCCAAAACUUGUGGUGUGGACAAUACAACAUAUAGAGAGGAAAUUGUUGUCAAGAAAUCUCGUUCCGGAAGCUCUGCUGAGCAACAGCAAAUUCUGAAGGCCCAGAAGUACAUCCGCUUGGUUGUUGUUGCAGAUAAUUCAAUGUUUAUUAAGUACAACAAGAGUAUCACCAACGUGAAGAUAAGAAUCUUCGAGGUUAUAAAUUUUGUCAAUGUGGUGUAUAAGGCCAUAAAUACCUUUGUUGCUCUGAUCGGGAUUGAGGUUUGGAACACGACGGACCAGUUUAAAGUGGUGACCUCGGCCUCUGCGGAUCUGGCUGCCUUCGCUGACUGGAGAAAGAAUGUUCUUCUGCGUAGGACGCCGAAUGACAACGCUCAGUUGCUGACAAAUACAGAUUUUGAUGGUGCUACAGUUGGACUGGCCUACGUGGGCACUGAGUGCAGUGAAACCCAUUCUGCUGGAGUAAUCCAGGAUCACAGCAAAGCUUCUAUUGGCGUUGGUGCCACGGUUGCCCACGAGCUGGGACACAACUUGGGAAUGAACCAUGAUACCGACUCUUGUUCUUGCAGUGCCAGCUCGUGCAUCAUGGCACCUUACCUCAGUGUUAACACCCCGCGUUUGUUCAGUAGCUGCAGCUUACAGAACUACCAGGAUUUUCUCCUUAGCCGAAUGCCACAGUGUAUGCUGGCCGUGCCGCUGAAAGAAGACAUUAUAGCACCUGCAGUGUGCGGGAAUAAGUUCACCGAGAUUGGGGAGGAUUGCGACUGUGGAACAGUAGAGGAAUGCACCAAUCAAUGCUGUGAUGCUGCCACUUGCAAACUCAAGUCAACUGCAAAGUGCGCUGAGGGUGAUUGCUGUGACAACUGUCAGAUUAAGAAAGCUGGAAGUGUGUGCAGAGCAGCCAAGGAUGAUUGUGACCUGGCAGAUAUGUGUGACGGGAAGUCCUCUGUGUGUCCCUCCGACCGCUUCCGAGUCAAUGGCUUCCCCUGCAGCAAUGGGAAGGGCUACUGCUUUAAUGGGAAGUGUCCGACUCACCAGAGCCAGUGCACAACACUAUGGGGUGCAAGUUCUGUGCCGAGCGAAGACUCCUGCUUCAACGUGAACACAAGAGGGGUUGACUACGGCUACUGUACCAUGGCUGGGGCUACCUAUGUUCCUUGCAAACCUAAGGAUGUAAAAUGUGGCAUGCUGUUUUGCUAUGGAGGCAGCUCGCAGCCCAGUAUUUAUGCUGCUGUCGCAGAGUUUUCCAGAUGCAGAGCAGUCCUGGCUCAAGGAGGAAUGGUGCAAAAUGGGACAAAAUGUGGAGAUGGGAUGGUUUGCUACAAUGGGGCUUGCAGCAGCAUUGAAAGUGCAUACAGAUCAACCAACUGCUCUGCCCAGUGCUCAGGACAUGCGGUUUGUGACCACGAGAUGCUGUGCCAGUGUGAAGAGGGCUGGGCUCCUCCCACCUGUGAUGUCGCCUCACCAACGAAUAUCAUUAUCAUCGUCGUGGUGAUCGUCAUUGCUCUUGCCCUUGUCAUUGGACUUGUGUUUCUGGCAAGAUUCUACAGAGGAAAGGGGAAGAAGCAGAGUUCCAGCAGCUUCCCAGCAACUGUAACUGUUGAAGGUUCCACAAAUCCAUCAUUUCGUAACCAGCCCCCUCCUCAGAUGCAAAUGCCUUUGCCCCAAGUACAUAAACCAAAGCCGGCUACAGACAAGUCGUGGCCACCCAGCCGAGUUGGUUACCAGGCACCUCAGUAUUCUGUGACUACAGCCUCACCUCAAGCUGAGCCAAAACUAAAGAAACCAACGGUGGCUCCACCCCCUGUACCUCCUGCUAAACCAGCACCUCCUCCUGCACCACCAAAGCCCCUGAAACCCCCCGUGAGGAAUUGAUGUGGAUGACGCCCCAGAAGAGGUUGUGGCUAGUACCCUGCGUGACUACUGCUCAGCACUGUAUUUAGCCCAUGAAGAGCCAGCCUGCACCCCUCUAGCUAUUGCUAAGCCGCAGUUCUCUGAACAUUGCUUUGGGGGUCCUGGUACUGUGGUGUGACCCUGUCAGAGAGAGACUGUGCUUUUCUGCUGUUCGGAGGGUUUUUACAGUGUGGUGUUGGGUCUUCCUACCUAUGUCAUUAUCAGGUGCACGUGCCACCCAUGCCUUGGCUGCUUUGACCUUCUCCCACGUGGCUGGGUGGGGGUCCAAAAUCCCCCUUUUAUCUUGAACUGUUUUACUCCCCUGUAUAUAUUUUAAUUGACUAUUUUAUGAUAUAUUAAUAUCUUUUUUUUUAAUGUUAAUAUAUUUACUCUGCGCAGCUGGAUGAAACACUUAGGGUCAUGGCAAAGAAUAGUAGCAGUCAAAACACCCCAUAAACUUGUCACCCUUUUUAAUGCAUAAGCCAUGGUGCUUGCCAUUAAAGGGGAACUUUCCCCUGCACACAUGAUGCCAAUAAGGAGAAUAUCACAGUGCAAUGCAUUGUGGGUUAUGUAGUUCCUACAUGCUGUCUGUAAGCUGUGGGGAAGUUGUUACAAUUUGUAACAUCAAUGUUUUAGUUCCUCCUCCCCUGCCAGGAUUUCCAGUGAUGCAGAAAAAGAAGAACUGUUUUGCAGUUGGAUUUCAGCAGAUAAAAAUGGUAAUUAUACUUUUUGAAGAAACAGAUUACAGUGAUAGUUAUAUCAGGGGUUUCUGUUUUGUGUGGGGCUCUAUAACAAAUUUUGGUUCGGAAGCCUGAGUUCCCCCUAAAAUAUUAACAGUAAUGACAGGGCCAUUUUAUCGGUCUUUAACCACCACUGUUUUCCACUGGAGGGCAGUAGCAGACCAUGGAUGUGAGAAUCCCAACUGUGCCUUGGGAGAAGAUUGUCACGCUGUGUACAUAGUCACACUAUACAUAGUCAUACUAUACUACACUAUAUCAGUGUUGCUCCUGGUACCGCAGCACAAUGUGGGUCAUUACAGGUCCACUUAUCUCUUUUGUGCAAAAAGGAAUUCUCAGGGCAUUAUGGGUAUCUGCCAUUUCUCAUUGUCUCUUUUUUAUGGUUUUAGAAAGAUAAUUUUUUUUUCACUUUCUGUACUGUAAAUACUUGUGUAAAUAGUUUAUGUCAAAGGAUAGUGUAGGGAUUUGUGAGAAUGAGUGAGUGCCGGGUAUUGUGGGGCGUGAGUGAGCUAUUUAUUGGUGUGUGCCGCGUGGUUAGUCCCUUACAGUCCGAUUGGCUUUUAACCCUACCUGUUUGAUCGCCGGUACAUCUAGUGCCAACUACUGUGGAAAUGACAUUUUUUCAAUAUAUUUGCCCUUUUAUGGAAAAUGCUUCUUUUACUGUUUUGUACAACUUUA